AUGGGGCUGGAAGUGCAUUCAGAGCCAAGCUUUAGAGCUGAGGCAAGGACAGGUAAUGGAACCCUAGAGUCGCGGUGUAGGGAAUGCAGCAUCACCACAAGUGCUGAGCAGCAUGCAGAGGGAGGCGACAGUCUUUGCUUCACGUGCGGCCUCUUUGCCUUGACUGAGAGAGGUGAGGGCUGCUUCGAGGAGCAUGUAGGCUCAGAACCCCUAAAAACAUUAAACACACUGGAGAAUAAGGCUGGGGGGGUUAGUGGAAGCGAAGGGGUUUCCGAUGAGAGAGCAGGGGGCGAGAAUGUUGUCUCUGGCCCUGGGGAGGCGAAUGCUGGGGUCAGUGGAGCCGGAGCAGGGGGGGACUUUACAGCACAGAGGCAUGCGGUGGCAACCCCUAAUUUCAACUCAAGCGAGAGGGCAGGAGGAGCUGAGUUUGAAAAGCUAGGGUUACAAGCGGGGGGGGCUCCAGAUGCGAAAUUAGGGGUUGAGGCAGGGGUUGAAAGUCACUCAGCGGGCGGCAUUCGUGGAAAGGCGGGGGUUUUGCUCACUGUGAGUGGGGUUGAUCCUACUGAGAGGCCAGCCAGCCAAAACCCUAGUGCUGAGAUUCCUGCCACAGACAGGGAGGAUGUCGCUCCAAGUCCAAAGGCCCAAUCUUUCCCCUCUCCUGCUCCUCAGAGUCAUGGGGCGCUGUGUGUGCACUGCAAGGGGAAGCCCGUGUUCAACAAGAAGGAGAGCCUGUGCAAGUCGUGCGCGCAUGCCAAGUGGCGGUAUGGCUGGGAGGAGUUUCCCCAGGGGUGGAAGCCUGGGGACCGGUUGAAGGGAAUUGAGAAGAAAAUGCGAGGUGGGGCAGUUGAGAAUGAGAACAGGCGGCCGACCUCACCAGGCAAGCGAGGCAGCCUGUCAAGGCUGGAGCAGGAGAGAGAGCGUGUGCUUGCUGAGGGCUGGAAAAGCGUCGCCAAGCGGGAGAGGACCACUGUCAGGAGUUUGAGAGCCGGGGCAAACCCUAGCUGGACCAGGUAUGGCGAGGAGCAUUUUCCCUGGGAUAAGCCGUCUCUUGGUGGGGGUAAGGGGGUUCUGGCGGCACUGCUGGCUGCCGAGGGAAGCGCGCAUCUGCUCGACAGGAAGCUCGCAGAUUCGCUGUCCCGGAAAGAUCUGAGCCCCAAAGUGCCCCCUGAAGCGAUGAACUCUGAGAAGCACUCAGGGAUUGACAUCUUGCGGGAGGCUGCGAAUCAGGAGAGGGCGCGGGAGCAGGGCGCGCCGGGGGGGAGGACGGCGAUAUUCUCAAAGGGGCUGCCCAGGCUGGAGACUGAGAACACGGAGGAGGAGGAAGUGCUGGAGACGAUGAGGAUCAUGAGCCCCGCUACGUUGCAGCAGACUGUGUAUCCCAAUGAACCGGCGAGUCUGGUGAAAGUCGCUGUCGCUGCGCAAGUCCUCUUAGAAAUCGCCACCUCGCCCCGGGACCCCCCUGGCGACACCAAACCGCACGACGAGACGCAGUCCUCCGAGCAAUGGAAGAGGCCGCCCCCCUCUCGCUUCGUGGCCUCGGCCGCGCCGUUCCCCGAGGCCGCUGCGAGCAGCCUCGGCCCCGAAAACGACGACCUGCGAUCACGGGUGGGGGAGAACCAGCCCUCGUACCCCCCCUCCAAGUGGGGCGACCACGAGCUGGACGACCUGCCCCUGAGGUCGCCGGACCUGGACGUACACGACGAGAUGCAAUUGGGGGGGGAGGCCGUUAGUCUGGAAGACCUGGGGGUUCUGAAGGGGGGCAAGCGGCGAUCAGUGACGCUACCAAUCCAAACGGGCAACUUCCCCCCCCGGAUCGUGACGGAUGGUUGGACCCCCCGGUUGGACGCAGACCCCCCGACGCUGGGCACUGCAACGGACGGCUGGACGCCCCACCAAGAUCUGGAAGGAUUCACGCCCCGAGGGGAGGGGUUGAACGGGCUCACGCCUAGGGGCGGGGAGGGGGGCGAGUUGAACAACACCCCCCGGAGCAAAACGCCGAGCUUCCACGACAUUGCGGCGAACGUGUUCAAAGCGGGGCGAGCGGCGGCGAUUGCUGGCCGUCGAGGGGGAUUCCAGCGACCCCCAAGUGCCGAUAUGAAGGCGAAGUCGCCCCUAGGGGAGGAUGUCUUUCCAGGGGUGUCGCCUCGAAGGACGAACGCACACCCACAACCGUCGGUCACGGCAGAGGAGUCCACCCCCCCGGAAGAGGACGACGAGGACAGCAACGAGAUGUCGCCGUCAGCAAACCGUCGGAAACGGAAGCUGAAGGCGCGCCAGGCGCAGGACACUCGUCCCGGAGACACGGCAUCGGGCGAGGAAGGGAAAGCCGACAGCGGGGGCUCCGAGCAGGACGCCCCGAUCGUGAGUCCGGGGAUCCAUAAACGCGGGCGCACCCGGGCGGUUCUCGGGCGGAACACGAGCGGAACGGCGGAAGAGGGGUCGCGGGACCCUGGGCAAGCGGCUGCGGAAGCGCGGCCCGGGGGAGCCCCCGGAAAAGGGCCGAUUGAGCCGCCGAAGAAGCGGAAGGGCUCGUGGGGAGGCGCACGGCGGCGCGGGGAGAAAGUGGUGCUGCCGGACUCUGAGGAAGAAGAGGCGAUCCUGCCGAGGAUCGAGUCGGCGUCCGAGGCGAGCCGCGGCAAGCGGCCCCGGCCGUCGGUGUCGGAGGAGGCGCGGAAGAGCUCCGGGGGGAGCGGGUUGUUGGAUUUGGUGAAGGGGCGGUGGGACGAUGCGCAGCGGCUGAGGGACCGCGCCACCGCGAAGCGCGCGGAGGCGGAGCGGCUGAAGCGCGUUGCGGAGACGAAGCAGCGGCUCGCGCAGCGGCUGAUUGAAAAAGCGACGGAGCUGGGCAACUGGCCGCCCGGUAGAAAGGCCAAGGCGGACGAGCGGGCGCGGCGGCAGCAGGCGGCCAAGAAGCGGAACGCCGACGAGACGGAAACGGAAGCGGAGGUCGAGGACGCGCCUAGCGACGAGGGUUCGGACGACGAUGAGGACUUCUCGCUGGACGGGGACCCGUCCGGAAAGACGCCGGACGAGGACUGGGGCGACGAGGAAGGAGACGGGUCCGAAAAGGGGCAGGAGGGGGAGUCGGAGAGAAUGCUGUCGGUCGAGCCAGCCAGCACCGUGCCCGACCAGGAGCGUUGCGUCACUAGCGACAGCCGAGGCUGGCGCUGCCCCCGCCCGCACCUGCCCGGCUCGCAGAAAUGCGACCGGCAUGACACUAGCAACCAGCCCAGAAGCUACACCAAAUCAGAGACGAGCUCGCGCCGCCCCGAGGAGGCCGCCACCGCCGACUCGUGCCCCCCCUUCGUCGACCCCCUGGAACCCUUCAAGCCGAAGAAGCACUUCGGCUUCCGCGGGCGCACCAGCUUCCGUCCCGAGCACAUGCAGCACCUCGCGCUGCGUCCCCCGGGCGCGUCCCCCGACCCGAAACCAGAGGGGGAUCCCCCUCCGGAAGACCCACCUGGGGACCAACCGAGGGAGGGCUUUUUGGAUCCCGAGGAGUUGCUGCAGCUUGCCAAGGCGCGGCAGCUGAAGCGCGCGCGGUCGGCGCGGCGGCACGGGCCGGAGGUGCCCGGUACGAACGGCCCGGGGGCCGAUGCGGGUGGGUCUGGAGGUCCAGGAGUGUCCGGGGGAUCCCCCGGAGAGGUAGCCGGAGAAACGAGAAACGGGGGUGGGGAGAGCGGAUCCGAGGAGAGAUUGAAGCGGGCGAAGCUGUCGCCUGGGGAGGAUAUGGCCGAGCUUUUGACGGGGGAUCCAACGGGGGUUUUGCAAGACGGGCGACAACCGAACGGGCCAACCGGGCAGCUUGCGGGGGUUAAGGGGCUUGGGGUUAAGCAAUCGGUGACCAAUCCUCCGAUUCCUGGAGGGUUUGUACAAAUGGUUCAGUCGGCGGCCCAGACCGAGCCCCAGAGAUCCUCCUUUGGCGAGUUUGGGGCCAGGGUUGACGUGGCAAGGCUUGACCCCGUUGGGGUUAACCCCUUCGCCGCUAACCCGGUUCUUACCAGCACAACCCCCCUCAGCAGUACCUCGGUUCCACCGUUGAUAAGUCCAGGGCCCAGUCACUGGGCGGGUCGAGCGGUCGGUACAACUCCGCCGUUGACGGGGCCUUGGGAGGUGCCCGGACGUCCGGAACCAGCGGGCUUUUUGAACAACGGCGUCGCCCCGUUUGUUGACAUAGGGGGGCCCCUACAGCCGCUGACUUACAGGCCGCAAAAUGGGCUGACCUCAGCUCCCGAGCGGGGUGAGGUCAGCACGGCGAGCCAGGUUGGGAUUAGUGGGGAUGAGAGCACUGGCUUUCUGUAUGGGCCUGUCGUUCUACACGAAGAGAAACAAGUGAACGGAAUAAACGGAACGCAGAGCGGCCCGUACACAACGUACCUCGGGCCGGCCGUCGUGCCCUUGCCAGGCGGUGCGAACGAGCUCGCCGGCACGAACGUUGCCGCCUAUUUCGAUGAGCCGCACUCCCUGCUAAAUAAUGGUGCCCCUCUUCCUGUUGUGUCGGAUCUUGCGAUGAAGCUGGAUCAACCGGGGAGAGAAGGAAAUGGCGCCAAAACGAACGGGACGAACGGCGUGCACCGGGCGUCGUCGAAGCGGGAGAAUAAUAGCGGGAUGGGGGUGACGCGGAGCCGGGCGAUCGAGGAUGGGCUUCCCGUGGGCCGAACGUACACGUUACCGGUCGAGCUGAAGCUCCCGGUGGAGUUGCGGCAGCCGAUGGAGCUGCAGCCGUUUGUUCAGCGGGGGAAGCGGCAGACGACCAAGAAGAAGAAGCGCAUCCCGCCGCCGAUCGACGGCAUUGAUGACUCGAUGCGGUGCACAAAGACGGGGGGUUCCGGGUGGAGGUGCAACCAGAGGCGGUUGGAGGGGUAUGCAAAGUGCGAGCGGCAUAUGGAGAUUGUAGCAAAGAGAUCAAGGGUCGAGGCGACCAAGCCCGCCGAGGAUGCCCCAAAAGAAGGCCCUGAAAUGCGGGGUCCCGAGAACGAGGUUGCGAUGGUUGAGGAGGUUAAGUAG